AUGAUUAUUAAUAUCAAACACGUAACUAAACCAUCACAAAUAGAAAUUCCAUUAGAUUUCAUUCUAUCAGACCAAAUCAAAAAAUUCGAUGAAGAUACUAUUUAUAACAGUCCAUUCUUUACAAUUAUAUGUCCACCGGACUCAUACAAUGAAACAAGAGAUAUGGCUAUUAAAUUGAUUGGCAAAUAUUCAUUUAUUGACGUUCAAGUCCACACCGUUGAAUUUGGUUUUCAAGUUUACAAUCCAUACGACAAAUUACUUACUCCAUUUGAUGGUCGUAUGUACCAAUUCUGCGAAAAAGCAGUACCACAUCUUUUAAACUUAAAUUACCAUGAUUUGAUCAAACGAAGGAAACCUGCAUUAGUUUCAAUGAACCAAAACAUCACUAGAGAAGAAAGAGAAUCCUUGAUUGAAAUUACAAAUGCAUAUCCCAGUCUUGAUGUUGUAAUUCCUGGGAAAAGAACACUAAAAAUAAUUGAAGAGCUAUGUAAAGUUGAAAACAGUUCAUACAUAGUCAUUUGGCCUUACUUAGGUAUUUACUCAACCUUUAAUUUUGAUGAUUUUGAAGAAAAAAUGGAAAAGAUUCGACGAAACAAAUCAAUUCUCGAACCCGAGGACAACACUAUUGAAAUGGAAAGUAACGAUACAAAUUCAUCUGAUUCAUCCUCAUCCGAAAUUUCUAUUUCAGAAAAUUCCUCAUCUUAUUCUGAAGACUCUUCAGAAAGCACUAGUUUUUCCUCCGAAUCACCAUAUUCAGACAAUGAAAAUAUGAUUUCAUCAAGUUCUAUGUCAUUUUCUGAAACAAUUUCCGAAAGGAGUUCAGAACAGUCAUCUGAUACAUCUAAAUCUGAUAAAUCUAUUUAUGGUUCAUCAGAUUCAUCUAUUUCAUAUUCAAAUCCAGAAUUUGAAACAGAAAAUUCAUCUAAUCAUUCUUCUUUUGAUCCAGAUAACACCAUUUCAGAAGAACCAAGCAGCAUUUACAUUUCAGAAGACUAUUCAUCACGAUAUUCCUCAGAAUACACAUCAACAACACCCGAUUUCGAUUACGGUGAGUAUGAUUUGACAAAAGCACCUAAUAGUGCUAUUGACAAGUUUGGACAUUACUCAUUAUCAUAUUCUGGUCUCGAAUUUGAUCCAUACUUCGAUUACACAUUUUUGAAAGGAUUAUUUAAAUUUUUCUUUUCUGAAGGUAGCACUAAAUAUGAAGAAGAUCUUGACUUAUUUUCAGAUAUCAUUGCAUAUUAUUCUAACCAUUCGUUUGAUUGUCACCAGUUUCCAUGGGACAUUUUUUACGGUAAAGACCGAAAUGGUGAAGAAUAUGCACAUUUGUUUGAAUUCAUGAAAGAAUACAAGAACCACAGUACUUCGACACCUACAUUCAGUCCUUCUUAUGCCGAUAUUGAUUUCCACGAGGAUUACAAAGACAACGACAACUAUUUCAACUACAUGGAUGAUUUCUAUUCUAGUUACGACAUUCCUUAUUACAGGAGAGACAUGCGAACAUAUUUUUCAGGUUCACGUGAUUCAUGGUAUCAUGAAUCGAGUAACAAAGGCGAAGAACGUUUUAUCUUUGAUAAAUACGCUAAGAGUAAUCAAACUAAAGACCAAGAGUAUCCAAUCACAUUUAAUUGGUUUGAUGAAUACAUGACAAACAAAACAUAUUUCGAUCCUUACACAGAAACAGAUUUCGAUGAAUUUUAUUUUAUAUCUCGACAUGAUUCAUAUUAUCGAAAUCCAUAUUUCUCUAAAGGUCCUCGAUAUGGACAAACUAAGAAGACACGUAAUAUUACAGGAAUCUUCCAGUUGAUUGGUUAUUCCGCUCGUGGUGGCAUGAAGAAGUCAUGGUUCGAUGUCAUUGUUCCAAAAUUUGUUGAAAACAUGGCAUCAAAAGGACGAUUUUGGCGUGAUUUCGGCUGGGCAGUUAACAAUAAAAGAUAUUCGUUGCCAUGGGAUGAAUUCGGUCCAGGAAUGUCUAAAUACCGAGAACUUGUUUAUGAUUAUUCCAAAGUAACUAAUGAUGCACGAUCUAUAUCAUACUACAGCACAGAAGAUAUUUUCUUUUCAGGUGGUCCAAUGAGAGAAACACGCGAAAAAAUAUCAUAUUUUGUUCAAAACAAAUUGUCAGCGAAAGAUAAAGAUUUUAUAUCACAUAAAUCCGAAAUGAUUUCCAAAUGGAUUUCCAGGUUGACAAUUGGAUGCGAAUGGUCUAAAAUCACCUCACCAAAAGUUCACACCAAAGGAGAAAUUGUUCAUGAAUUAAAUGCAGAAGAAUAUGAAACAUUAUUUAAUUGUACAUCCGAUUUAGCUAUUUUAUAUUAUGAUAGUUCUAAAGAAUCAUAUGAAAUGCGAAAAUCAUUCUACCAAGUUGCAAAUGAAUGUCGUUGUCUUAGUAAUUACAAUGAUUUGAAGUUUUAUGCUAUCAAUAUUGAUUUCAACUCUAUCGAAUUUACUCAUCCAAAUAUGUCUGCUCCAUUAAUUACACGCAAUCCAAUUCCUUUUGUCAUUGUUUUGCCACAAGUUUGGUAUUUGUUCCGACCUUUUUAUUUCAAUAACAAAGAGUCUCUUGAUGGAUUCAUGCGAGCAUAUACUAGCAGAACUAUUUAUAGACAUCCAGGUGAUGCAGCAUCAGAAUUGUUCAAUAAUUUCACAUAUCAGAACCAAAUUGUUGAAAGACUUUAUAACUUCAGUGAUAAAUCUACAUGUGUUUCCAGUCCUUCAGGAAGAAGAAUUAUGCAUAAUGAUAUGUUUUACUGGAGCCCUCGAUACUUCAGGAAACACAUUUAA